GAUAUUAAAGAUGAUGUUAUGAAAAAGUAACCAAUUUUGUAUUAAAAGAGGAUCAACCAGAAACCUAAAUGAAAAUUAAUUAGAGAAAUGCAUUAACAAGUAAAGUUUAAGAAGUUUUGCAUGCUUCUUCUGAAAUUUCAAUAAAAUACAAGACUUGUGUUAGAGAGAAAAUAAGAAGAUAAACAAAGAUUUUAGAUGAAAAUGCAACUGAAGAGUUUUUAGAUGAAAUAUGUAAUGAUCCAUAAGUAUUUUUAUUUUAUUAAACCUUUACUAGAAAGCAACAUAAUUAUUACAAGGUAAACUCUAUGGAGAAGCUCCUUCAGCUAGUGUUACUAACGCUGUCUCAGAUAUCUAAGAGAAAUAUCAAGAUAUUCAAUAAUUGGAAAAAGUAAUUAUUUUGAUUAUUUAUUAGUCAGUUUAAUAAGUAUAUUAACUAUUUGUAGAUUUAGCAAUCUUGGUUCAUGCUUAAGGUGAGUAAAUCGAUAAUAUCGAAAUUAGUCUUGGAUCAGCCAAAACUUAUGUAGGUAAGGCAGAAAAAAACCUCACAGAUGCUAAGAAAGAUCAUCAGGAGCUAGGAAGGUAUUUAUACAUAAAAUUCUUUUUAGAAAAUGUGUUGUAUCAUCUUAAUUGGUGUUAUAAUUUUAGCAGUUAUUAUUGGACCUAUAGUUGCAACUGCAUGAUUUAUAUUAACAAUUUAUCAUUAUAUAUUGUACUUUCAAAUCAAAUUUUAAAUUCUAUUCUCUAUUACUAUUUUUUAUUUAGCAAAAGAUAAAAUCAAAAAUUAAACUAGCAUAUUAAUAAUUUUAUAAUUAUCAGAAAUUAACUAUUAAUUUAUUUAAAUUCAUCCUAAUUAGAUUUUUUUAGUAAUAUCUUAAAUUGUAAUUUCUACACAUGCUUUUUUGA